AUGGAGGAGCUAUCCAUCGAGCCACGUGGUAUCUUCUGGCAGCAGGACUUCAUAACCGCGGAGCACGAGCAAAAUCUCAUCGACAUCUUCCGCCAGCUCGAGUGGCCUGAUCGAACCGGUCGCAUCUCUAUCCAUUUCGGUUACACCUUUGACUAUAAGACAUUCGGCGUCGAUCCGAACAUUCCCUUCAAGGAGUUUCCAGUCUGGCUUCAGCCACUGAUACCCACUCAUGAGGGCCGUCCGCCCGAACAAGUCUGUCUGCAGCACUACCCACCGGGAGCCGGCAUCCCACCCCACGUCGACACCCAUUCGACCUAUGACCAGCUGUAUGCUCUCUCUAUAGGCGCACCGGUCUUCAUGCAAUUCAGAAAGGGAGAUCGCCGGGUCGACGUCGACCUGACCCCCCGCAGUCUGAUGAAAAUGUCUGGAGACUCCCGCCUGCAUUGGACCCACUCCAUCAAGAAGCGCAAGACUGACGUCCUCGACGAUGGAACUGUGCGGCCGCGAGAGGACCGUUGGAGUAUCACCUAUCGCUGGUUGAGGCCUGGUGCCGAGUGUCCAUGCGGCGACUCCGAGCUCUGCGACUCUGCCCAGAAGCGGAUGGGCAUCGAGCGAGAAUAUCGCUGGAAGCAGUAUGAGGCGAGCCAAGACGCUACCGGCCCGGGCGCAUCAGAAGAUCCAAACCAGGACCAUCCACCUGCGCUGUAA